AUGAGCACCGGCGACCUUCUUAGCAUCGAACCUCUCGAACUGAAGUUCUUCUUUGAGCUCAAGAAGCAGAUCUCGUGUUCUCUUCAAUUAUCAAAUAAGACCGAUAGCUAUGUAGCUUUCAAGGUGAAAACGACCAAUCCGAAAAAGUACUGUGUUCGUCCAAACACUGGAAUUGUCUUGCCACGAUCUACAUGCGAUGUUAUUGUUACCAUGCAAGCGCAAAAGGAAGCUCCGUCUGACAUGCAAUGCAAGGAUAAAUUUCUUCUUCAAAGCGUAAAAGUAGACGAUGGAACCGCCGCAAAGGACAUCACUGCUGAAAUGUUCAACAAGGAAGCGGGGCAUGUGGUUGAGGAGUGCAAAUUGAAAGUGUUAUAUGUCUCUCCACCUCAACCUCCGUCUCCAGUGCCGGAAGGUUCUGAGGAAGGAUCAUCACCUAGAGGUUCUGUUUCCGACAAUGGAAAUGUCAGUGGUGCUGAUUCCGCGGCAGUAACAAGAGCAUUUACUGAACGACAUGAUGGUCCAGAAAAAUCUGCAGAGGCAAAGGCUCUUAUCUCACGGCUGACCGAAGAAAAGAAUAAUGCAAUGCAACAAAAUAACAAGCUUCGUCAGGAACUGGACAUGCUGAGACGGGAAAGCAACAAAAGUCGUGGGGGUGUCUCGAUGGUCAUUGUCAUAUUAAUUGGUUUACUUGGCAUAAUUAUGGGGUAUCUCAUGAAGAAGACCUGA